AUGGGUGUGCUUUCAUUAUUCUGCUGCUCCGAUACUAGUGAAGAAUCGUCAGAUAGAAGAUCUCAACAGCCAGUUAAUCGACAAAAUCGUCAACUGAACAAAGCUACCACGACAAAACAACCAAAAGUAUCAACAACAAAUGGAACCAGUAUGCAACGCGCCACAUCAAACACGAAGAACGACUUGGCUACGGACAAGGAACCUGCUGCAAAUGGGAACGCUUCGAAUCCUCCUGCUACAAAAUUAAACGGGGACAAAAAGGAUGCCACUGAUGAUGAUGAAUCUACCAUAGAGCCUUCAAACAACCGUCGAGCUAGUGCUGGUGACAUAAUAGCGCAACAAAGCCCCAAUGAACAACCCAUUCCAACUCCAACAGAACAUCAACCAGAGCCAAUGGAUGAAAUAGACACAGAUAUUGAUGACUAUGAUGAUGAUGAUACACAUUCGAAUGGGUUGCUUGAUUUGAAACAACUUCAGACUGGUCAAGCACAUGACCCUGAAACUGGUUGCCUUUUGGGAUCCCCCACAGGAGAUAAAAAGUGUCUUGUUCUCGAUUUGGAUGAGACACUUGUGCAUUCUUCCUUCAAGUACUUGAGGAGUGCUGAUUUUGUGAUUCCAGUCGAGAUCGAUGGUCAAGUUCACCACGUCUACGUAAUUAAAAGACCUGGGGUCGAUGAAUUUCUAGAAAAAGUUGGUGAAUUGUAUGAGGUUGUUGUGUUUACGGCUUCUGUGGCCAAGUAUGGUGACCCAUUACUAAAUAAGUUGGAUAUGAGUAAGUCGGUUUAUCAUAGAUUAUACCGAGAUUCAUGCUACAACUACCAGGGAAACUUUAUCAAAAAUUUGUCCCAGUUGGGAAGAAAGUUAGAGGAUACAAUCAUCAUUGAUAAUCUGCCACAGUCAUAUCUAUUCCAUCCUGCCAAUGCUGUUCCCAUCAGUAGUUGGUUUAGUGAUACGCAUGAUAACGAAUUGUUGGAUUUGUUGCCAUUUUUAGAGGACUUGAGCAAGCCCAAUGUCGAUGAUGUAGAAUUGGUUUUAGAUACCAGUUUAUAA